AAGCCUGCCGGUAAAAUUCUUUCUGCCAGUUAAAGUACACAGUACAUCUUAGUAUUUCGUGUAUGUGUUGUUUAUCUGCUGUGCAGGGUUGUAUGUACAAAAACCAUGUAAAGUAGUUCAUGGGAGUACUUUCAGGGCUGAUUUUGACCAUACAUCCUGUUUCUUUGCAUGCUGAUGUUAGAGCUUAAUUCAUUCUGGAUAAUUAGAGCAUCAGACAGUGAUAAUCUUUAUUGAGCACUUAAUGUGUGUGGUACCUGUCUGGUGCUCUGUGUACAUUGUACGAGGUGAUGCUGUGCGCCCUCUACAGGCCAGCCCUCUGAGAAGCCACGUUAUUAAAGCUGGGAAGGCUCACAAUUGCUGUGUUGUCACAGCCAGCCCUGCUCUGGGAAGCCCAGGCCUAUCUCCUCGGGCGUGGAUGGAGCGGGAGCACUCAGGGGAGCCUCGAGGCCCUUUUGAGGACUUUGGCGUUUCCUCUGAGAAACCACGAAUAUUGGAGAGUUUGGAGUAGGGGUAAUGUAAGGGCCCCGCUGGCCGCUGCAGGAAGACUGGUUGGAGUGGCCGAGGCAGAUGCAGGGAGAGCAGCUAAGGAUCCAUCAUAUCAGACCAGAGGGUCGGUAAGGAUGGGACCUGGUUAGAUUCCAAAUCUGUUUUGAAGUUGGAACUGACAGGAUGGACGUGAGGUGGAGGAAAGGGGCAGGGUUGAGGCGGAUAGCCAGGGUUUUGGGGCUGAGCAGCUGCAAGAAUGGGAUUUUCAUUUACUGAGGAAAAGGAAACUAGGGAUGGAACACUAAUUUGCAGGUGGAUGGGUCUGAAUUAAGAUUUGAAUGUGAGGUGCCCAGGAGAGUGCAGUGGAGAUGCUGAAAACACAGUUGGAUAUGCAUGUCUGGCUGAUGGGUGGGUGGUUUGGGGAGGAGGUUAAAUAACAGACCCCUUGCUUGUUUAUCUCACCAGAGCUCGCUGGCUCAUGGUCUCCCGGGGCUGAGCAGGAAGCUAAGUGAGUAAGACGGGAGGGAGAGGGGAGGCCUGUGGUGAACCGCAGGGCCCAGGCCCGCCCUGGCGCUCACUGGUGGUUACCGUGGCGAGUGCUGUCCUGGUGAUGCCAGGUCUUCUCUCUUAGAAAAGGUAGAAAAUUGGGAUUUUUAUAGGAAAUUUCCUGAACUAUCAAAUGCUGAAAGUGAGGGUAUGAAAAAGGAAACCAGGGGGAGGGGCUGCUAUAAAAAUCUGAGAGUGAGGUGAGCAAAAGGGCAUAAAAAGAGGUAUAUGUGGGGUUAUGGUGUGGGCUGUGAGCGACCCGGUACGGGAGGUGGACAGGCAGACACGGAGCAGGUGCAGAGACACAGCAGUGCACACCCAUGCAUGCGGCCUGGGAAACACUCACAGCGUGGCUCGGCCCCGCACCCUUUCCUGACGGUGCUUCUCUGCGCCGCUCUCCAAGGUUCCCACUGCUCUGAACUGGUGCUUCUCUCCCGCGUGCGCCUUUAUACUUUUACCAAAUGGUAUUUGAGGAGAUACACAAAUGUGAGACUAUUUUGCAUGUUAACUUUACUUGAGUAGUAUCAUACUGUAUUUUACAACUUGCUUCUUUUAGUCAACAUUUUUAAAGAUUGAUCUGUGUUGACAGUGUGAUCUUAUAAUUUCUUUUCACUGCUAAAUAGUUGUCCAUUGUAACACCGUAAAGCUGUUUAUUCCCCUGGUAACGGACCUUUCAGUUGUUUCCCAGUUUUGCUUGCUAUAAAGAGCGCCGGAAGGAAUGUUCUCGUGUAUGUGCCGUGCUUUCUGCAGAGUCUAUCCUUAGGCAUCAGCUGCUACAUUAAAGUCAGUUGUUGGUUUUUUCCCACCAUUUUGGCAUCACCACAGACCUGAAUAUCUGAUGAAAGCGAUAGACCUAACCUGAAAGAUACACAUAAACUUUUCUUAUGUGCCCACUGGUAGCCUCCUUAAGAGUUCAUGCUUCCUGGGUUAAGAAUAACCAUUCUAAGUUCUGCUUUGAGGAACUUGGCUAUUCUUGUCAGUCCCCCAGUGAGGUGUGACAAGCAGUGAAUCCAGACAGUGAGCCUGGAGCCUUCCAAGCUCCUUUUCCUGAAUCUCCUUCAGGAAGUUUGGUUGUUUCAGGAGGAACAGAGAUAUCUGACGGGAAGAGAAACUGCCACCUCCAAAUUAAAGUUAGAAACAGGACAUUUGUCUGCAUACAUUAAAAAUAUGGUCUGCCUAAAUCACCAGGACGCUACCAGAAACCAGGAAGGUUGAAGGACUUGAAUAUUCAAGUUGAAGUAUUUUCUUCUGUAGAUGAUGAAACGGAGGCUCAGAGACAUUGAAUACCUUGUCCAGCUUUUAUGCGACCCGGGCAUCUCUGCCCUGUCCAGGUGAUGCUCUCCAGACCGUAGCCCUGCUAAAGAGUGAGGCAAAGCAGAGCUGCGCUUUUCUGAGUUUUGUUUAAUCAAGCUGUUUGGUCAUUGCUUGUAACAGAGGUUGACAUCUUCUACUUCUUAUGACAGACUUUAACUGUGUUUUGUCCAUCAUUCCAAGAGGACGUAGGUCUCUUCCUCCCUGGCCUGUGGUAGGCAUGCAGACAACGUAUAUCCACUGGAGACACCUCUCCUCCUCUGCACCAUGUUCUAGAGAGCAAGCACAAGUCCAGGCUGGGGGCAGGCCAGUGAGUGGAUUUUCGUAGACCCCCGUGUGUUUAGGUUGGGAAUCACAGCCCUCGUGCAGGUGCCUUGACAGAGACAGCCUUUUUUUAAUUUGGAUUAAAAAAAUUUUUUUUAUCUUUGAAUGGCCAGGGGUGUUUUUUCCAUCCUCAUAGCCACGUGCACCACUGCUUCCUGUUGCAUUAGACCUAGUUGUCACACGUCUGUGUUACUUCCCUGGCCACUGAGGCACGAGUUUAUGAACCUUGCUGUAUAUUCUCAGUUAUCUCAUUGGUGCUCUUUUGUUUAAUGACUCAACCUUAAUUUAGUUCUAAAUUUUAAAAAGGCUUUUAAAAACUUCCACUCAGUAAAGUAUGGAAUUGAUCCCUUAUUCUCAGGGAAUGGUCACCAGUAAUCAUUCCAUCAGUGCCUAGCUCUGCUUUAGACAUUAAGUAUGAGAUCUGAAAAACUGUAGACGGACUUCCAUGUGCAGGGUGGGUCUGAACACAGGAAUGUUUGGAAGUCUGUUCCUUGGUUAUUGCUGCAUGACAGGGUACCCCAAAACUUAAUGACUGACAGCAGCAGCCAUUUUAGCUGCUCACAGUCCUGUGGGUUGGCUAGGGCUCGGCUGGGAGGUUCUUUGGCUGGUCCUGUCUGAGGUCUCAUGCUGUCGCAGUCAGUGGUAGCUGGGACUGGAACAUCCAGGAUUGCUCUUUUCACUUGUCUGGCAGCUCAGCCACCUUCUCUACAUGGCUCGUUUAGGCUUCUGCACCUGGCAGGGGAGCCCAGGACGGGCAUGCUUCACACUUGGUAGUGUCUCACUGAGGAAUCCCAGCAGACUUGUGAGAGGAGCCUGCACUAGGGAGGAGACAUGGUUCCCUGGGGCCCCAAAGGAUAGGCUUUCCCCAUCCUGGCAGGUACUUUCUGGAGAGAUGGAAAACAGACAGGCUUAGGACACUGGGCACCUCUGAGGGAAAUCAUGAGAUCCCAUAAUGAACAUUGGGGGCCAAAUGAAAGUUGGCAAAUUGACUGGGGAAUCCCCACCCCUUUCUUCUGCCUGGCUGCCAGAACUCUGAAGACGGGGAAUUUCUCUCUGAGGAAAAGCUUGCUGCAAAGAAGAAAUACUCAAGGGACAAGAUGAUCUCUUGAAAAUUUGAAAAAUAGUAAUAUGAAAAGACUCAACAGAAGGAUUGGAAGAUACAGCUGAGGAAAUCUCCCAGAAGGAGGAACCAAAAAAUGAAGAAAUUGUAAAUGCGAGAGAAAAAAGAAAUGAGGGGACUGACGCAAGAAGCCCCCAAACCGACUAUUAGGAGUUGUGUCAGUGGUAUUCGCACUGUUUUCCAGCUGUGAAAAGUGAGGCUUCAGUAGAGCUCUGGUAUCGAGACUUUAGUGGAGGAGCUCUGCUCCAGGCUGAAAGACCUUCAGAGUAAGCAAGAAGAGAAGAUUCACAAAAAAUUAGAGGGGUCUCCCUCUCCAGAGGCAGAAUUAUCCCCUACAGCAAAGGAUCAAGUGGAAAUGUACUAUGAAGCAUUCCCACCACUUUCUGAGAAACCAGUUUGCCUGCAAGAAAUCAUGACUGUGUGGAACAAGUCUAAAGUCUGUUCUUACUCUAGCUCUUCUUCGUCAUCCACAGCCCCGCCAGCUAGCACAGACACGUCCUCCCCCAAGGACUGCAACAGCGAAGGUGAGGCCACCAAGGAGAGACGCAGUGACGUGCCCAACACCGUGCACGAGAAGGCCCAGAGCAAAAGUCACAGCGAGAAGGAGACCACGUUUAGGGACGGCACAGGUGCAGAGAAGCCUGCUCUGUACAGAAAGCAGACCCGACACAAGCCCGAAGGGAAGGGCCGCCCUCGCUCCUGGUCUUCCGGCUCCAGCGAGGCAGGCUCGAGCUCAAGUGGUAACCAGGGAGAGCUGAAAGCAUCCAUGAAGUGCGUGAAAGUGAGACACAAGACACGGGAAAUUCGAAACAAAAAAGGGCGGAACGGGCAGAGCAGGCUCUCACUGAAACACAGUGAGAAGGCAGAGAGAAGCCUGCAGGCCGGGGGCGGCAGCAGCAGCAGCAGCGGGUCCGUCAAGCAGCUGUGCAGGCGGGGCAGGAGGCCGCUGAAGGAGCCGGGGCGAAGAGACACUGGGAGCAUCGAGGGGAGGGACCUGUGCGCAGAGAGCAGGAACGACAGAGAGUACAAGGAGGAGCCGCUGUGGUACACCGAGCCGAUUGCGGAGUAUUUUGUUCCUUUGAGCAGAAAAAGUAAACUAGAGACCACAUACCGAAACAGACAAGACACAAGUGAUCUGACAACUGAGGCAGUAGAUGAAUUGUCUGAAUCAGUGCACGGUCUGUGUAUCAGCAACAAUAAUAUUCAUAAAACAUACCUCGCAGCGGGUACUUUCAUUGAUGGUCAUUUUGUAGAAAUGCCUGCAGUUAUAAAUGAGGACCUUGACCUCACUGGGACCUCAUUCUGUUCUCUACCAGAGGACAACAGAUACUUGGAUGAUAUUCAUCUGUCAGAAUUAACGCACUUCUAUGAAGUGGAUAUUGACCAAUCCAUGUUGGAUCCUGGUGCCUCAGAAACAAUGCAAGGAGAAAGUCGGAUUUUGAAUAUGAUUCGACAGAAAAGCAAAGAGAAAACAGAUUUUGAGGCAGAAUGUUGCAUAGUGUUAGAUGGAAUGGAGUUGCAAGGGGAACGUGCAAUAUGGACAGAUUCCACCAGCUCUGUGGGCGCCGAGGGCUUCUUCCUACAAGACCUUGGCAAUCUGGCUCAGUUUUGGGAGUGCUGUUCGUCCAGCUCUGGCGAUGCCGAUGGAGAGAGCUUUGGAGGAGACUCUCCUAUUAGACUCUCCCCGAUCUUAGACAGCACAGCGCUCAGUCCGCAUUUGCUUGCUGGCAAUCAAGAGCUCUUUUCAGAUAUUAAUGAAGGAUCUGGCAUAAACUCUUGUUUUUCAGUGUUUGAAGUGCAAUGCAGUAAUUCUGUUUUACCAUUUUCUUUUGAAACACUCAACUUGGGAAAUGAAAAUACAGAUUCUAGUGCUAAUAUGCUUGGGAAAACACAGUCUAGAUUGCUAAUAUGGACCAAAAAUAGUGCCUUUGAAGAAAACGAACACUGUUCUAAUCUUUCAACGAGAACUUGUAGUCCAUGGUCCCAUUCAGAAGAAACACGUUCAGACAAUGAGACAUUAAAUAUUCAGUUUGAAGAACCCACACAGUUUAACGCAGAUGAUAUUAAUUAUGUAGUUCCUAGAGUCUCGUCAAAUUAUGUAGAUGAAGAACUUCUAGAUUUUUUGCAAGAUGAAACUUGCCAGCAAAACAGAACUUUAGGAGAAAUUCCGACGUUGGUUUUCAAAAAAAAAUCUAAACUAGAAUCUGUCUGUGGUAUUCAGCUGGAACAAAAACCAGAAAACAAAACCUUUGAAGCUACACAGGUUUGUAGUGAAAGCAGUCCGCAUGGAGAUGGCUACAGCUCAGGGGUAAUUAAAGACAUUUGGACAAAGAUGGCAGACAGAAACUCUGUAGCUGCGGUAGAAACAGAGAGAAUUGAUGACGAGUUGUUUUCGACAGAUGUAAAUAACUACUGCUGCUGUUUGGACGCCGAAGCUGAAGUGGAGCCGCUCCAGGAGCCCAGUAAGGCCGUGCAGAGAUCAGAGUACCACCUGUGGGAGGGGCAGAAGGAGAACCUGGAGAAGGGGGCUUUUGUUUCUGGUGAGCUGUCAAAGGUGGACGGCGGUGAUUAUACCACCCCCUCUAAACCUUGGGAUGUGGCCCAGGAUAAAGAGAACUCCUUCAUUCUCGGAGGAGUUUAUGGAGAGCUCAAAUCCUUUAACAGCGAUGGGGAGUGGGCAGUCGUGCCGCCCAGCCACACGAAAGGAAGUUUGUUACAGUGUGCAGCUUCUGACGUGGUGACAAUAGCUGGUACAGAUGUCUUUAUGACCCCAGGGAACAGCUUUGCUCCUGGCCACAGGCAGUUAUGGAAGCCCUUCAUGUCAUUUGAACAGAAUGAUCAGCCGAAGACUGGGGAAAAUGGGUUGAAUAAGGGAUUUUCUUUUAUCUUCCAUGAAGACUUACUAGGAGCUUGUGGUAACUUUCAAGUUGAAGAUCCUGGACUUGAAUAUUCGUUCUCUUCCUUUGACUUAAGCAAUCCAUUUUCACAAGUUCUUCAUGUAGAAUGUUCAUUUGAACCUGAAGGGAUUGCAUCUUUCAGCCCUAGUUUUAAACCGAAAUCAAUCCUCUGCUCUGAUUCAGACAGUGAAGUUUUCCACCCCAGGAUAUGUGGCGUUGACAGAACACAGUACAGGGCUAUCCGGAUCUCUCCUCGGACUCACUUUCGCCCAAUUUCUGCAUCUGAACUGUCCCCAGGAGGAGGAAGCGAGUCAGAAUUUGAAUCUGAAAAAGAUGAAGCAACCAUUCCCAUUCCUUCUCAAGUUGAUGCAUUUGAAGAUCCACAGGCAGAUCUCAAACCACUGGAAGAAGAUGCAGAGAAAGAAGGCCAUUACUAUGGAAAAUUAGAGCUUGAGUCUGGAAAAUUCCUUCCCAGGUUAAAAAAGUCCGGAAUGGAAAAGAGUGCUCAGACAUCACUGGAUUCCCAGGAGGAAUCAGCUGGGAUUCUGCCAGGAGGAAAGCAGAAUCCGUGUUUGGAGUGUAGCAUGAAUGACGCUCUGGAAAUUGAUCUAGAAAGCUCAGAAGCAAAUUGUAAAAUAAUGGCACAAUGUGAGGAAGAAAUUAAUAAUUUUUGCAGUUGCAAAGCAGGUUGUCAGUUGCCUGCUUAUGAAGAUAACCCAGCUUCUUCAGGACAGCUGGAUGAGAUGGGGAAGAAAGAAAAAGAGGAAAGAAGCGAGAUUCUGCAUCAUACCACUGCCAUAUUCCUUCGCUUUCUAUUGCCUGUAUUGAACACUGAUGUACAAGGAAUGAAUAGAAGUCAAGAAAAACAGACCUGGUGGGAAAAAGCCUUGUACUCUCCUCUUUUUCCUGCGUCAGAGUGUGAAGAAUGUUAUACAAAUGCCAAGGGAGAGAAUGGUAUAGAAGAAUAUCCAGAUGUUAAAGAAAUACCCAGUAAUGAAGAGCGUCUGUUAGAUUUUAAUAGGGUGUCUUCUGUUUAUGAAGCAAGGUGUACAGGAGAGAGAAAUUCUGGAGCAAAAUCAAACGGCUUCCGCAGAAAGAUGUACUCCAGCGCCAGCUCCGACUCGGAGGACACGGGCUCGGAAGGCGGAGGCGAGUGGGUGGACCCCAGCGAAGAGGACCUCUUUUCUCGAACUCAUCUCUAAACCUGCAGAGUAGUACAAAUUAUUUUUAAAAUCGCUAUGUGAGGGGUAAUUUCCCUUUUGUGAGGCCUGUUAAUCUAAACAACAACUUAGGUUUCUUCUUCACUUAACUGGCUCAGAUCAGUAAUUAGCUUUCUCUUCUUGCUUAUUUUAGAGUUGAGGACAGCUAUCCUGUUGAAGAUUUUUUUUCCAAGCUGUUAAAUUCUUGGCUAUUUGAAAUAGACUAGAUUGUGUUGUCAAACCGAGAAUGGGUGUGCAUGUGCUCGUCUUAAGUGCCGCUGCCUCUUGCAUCUCAGCUGCAGCUCCUUCCCUUCCAGCUGCAGCCACAUCACUGUUACCUUCUUAGCAUCGCAGUGUCAGCAACCACUUCUGCUAUUCAGAGACUUGAGCUUUGGGACAUUUAGGCUUUGUCCUCUAAGAACUGGGAUGUGAAUACUUACCCUGCAGUGGAUCAGUGCCUUUCGGAAGGCGAAAGGGCAGCACGGGGACUCGUCCCCGUCUUCAUUUAGUAAAAUCUCCUGUACAUUUGGAAUAGAAACCACGAGGGUGUGCUUUUAGAGACUUAAAAAAUACUGUGUUUUCUCUCUUAGGAUUUCCCUCUAGAAUAUCAUGGAAAAUACCAUGGUUUGUGACGUUCUGGCUACCUGAAGCAGCCAAGGAGUUGGCGCAUGGGCUGGCACAUGGGGCCACGUGGGGUGCGAGUGCACCCCGCCCUGUUCUUAGUGAAAGUCACACUUACACCAAAACACUGUUCAGGGUUAUUCGUGGUGAUCUUAACAAAACUUGGUGAGGACCUUAAUUGCAAAUUACGGUUUUUCUGGUGACCAACAUUGAAUUGAAGCCCCCAGAACUUGAAAUUGUAAAUGUUUGACAUGCAAUAAAGGCCACCUCAUCACCCCAAAGAAACCUUGGCUGCGGCAGCUAGCUGCUCUUGUGGCUGUGACUUAGUGUAGCUUAGAUCUCAUUUUGUGUUUGAGAGAAUGUUCGAGCAAGUUCAGUGUGUGGCGGGUCAGGGGGCAGAGUACUGAUUUCUCCCAUACCUGUGUGACUGCUUCGUGGGACCCGCCUCCCCGCUGCACUGGGGAACCCCGGGGGUUGGUCCGUCUCGUCCAGUCCUGUCCAUUGUGACGAUCACCUCCUUGAGCUUUUAUGCCUCUGUGCAACAGGUUGAAGUUAGAAGGAGCAAUAGCUGCAAAAUCUAAACAUUCAAAGUUGUUUUCUUUUUUUUAACCAACUCAUUGUUUAAAAAAAAAUGUGUGGAAUCAGUUUAGAGUGUCUGCGGCAUCAGGAGCGGCAGAGAAGUCUGCCACGGACGAGCCGGCUUCACCGCCAACGUUGGCAGGCAGUAAGCACAGAAUGUAGUAGCCGGGAGCGGAACUGGCUGAGAAGCGCGAUUUGCUUCGAGCAUUGGGUUUUGUUGCUUUUCUCGUACCUGUCGACACAGAGAGCUCCCUCCAGGGCUGUGAGGGCCUCGCUGUGGGGCCCGUGGGGCCGUUGGGCUCGGGCUCGCCGCAGGUCGGGUGGUUUUUUUUUACAGCACGUCUUUGACACUUUAAAGUGGGUUUGUGUGUGUGUGCGUGUAAGGUUUUAUGUUGCUGUUAUUUAUUUACAGACUUUAUAAGGUUUUAUGUAUUUUUCUUUCUCCAGAGCUUCCUAAAAGUUGAUUAGCAUCUGCACUGAAAUAUAAUUUAACAGCAAAGGCAAAAAAGAGUUGGAAGUUGUAAAUUCCUAAAAUCACUACAGUGACGAUCAUCUUAGAAAUCGUUACUUACGUAGCAGAGACCAAAUACAUAUAUUUCAGACACAACCUUGAGCUCGGUUGGUUUUGGACAGCUGCUUUUUAUCAGGAAAGGGCUCCAGGUGGUCAGGGUGCUGACUUCCUUCCCCGCUGGUGGGAAGACCUUGCACCUUCCACGGGGGAAUGGGAAUGGAGUAUAAAUGGGCAAGGUGGGUAACAGAUUAUGUAUUUAUUUGUUUUCGUAGCUGAGUGGCUGAAGCCCAGAGGCUUUCAGCGACAGAGGUGAACGUGUGGUUUUUAGUUUUGUGAAUGGAUAAUUACAAAGAAAAGCAUUUUUGAAAAAGUUGGCAAAACGCUGAAACGCACUGUGGUAUGAAGCGCAUUGCAUAUCCGUAGCACUGAAGCAUCAGUUUUCCAUUCCUGGGCUGAGAUUUUUUUCCCCGUGGUUGUAUUGUUCUGAUUUCACGUACACCAGAGUAACUGAUUUUUUUUGUUUUCUUGUGGAGUUAACACCAAAUAAAAAUUUAAAAAGCAA